AGAGGGAAGCCCGCUUUAGGGUCAAACAUCAUAAUGGAUGAGGUCAAUUUGAUGAUGCCCAUCAGUAAAGAUGCCUAUGAAGCUCUUAAGAGAAGAGAAAACUGUCUAAAUAAUCUCGUUUCCAAAAGGUUUGCUUGUACGUUGGCCUUCAGAAAAGCAGCAAAAAGCACUGGUGAAGUAUACAGGAAAAAAGUAAAGUCGGGCAUUGACGUUUGUGUUUAUAAGGAUGAUCUCACAAGACACAAGGUCGAUGCUGUGGUGAAUGCAGCCAAUGGGUAUCUUGACCAUGCAGCAGGUCUUGCUCUUGCCCUUGUAAAAGCUGGAGGGCCAGAAAUAGAAAAGGAAAGCAAGCUUUAUGUUCAUAGCUAUGGAGAAGUCAAAGUUGGUGACAUAGCAGUUACAGGUGGAGGGAAGCUUCCUUGUAAGAAAAUUAUUCAUGCAGUUGGUCCAAGGUGGGAUAUUCGUGAAAAGGAGAGAUGUUGUCAUCUACUUCACAAUGCUAUUUUGAAUGUUCUGCGUUAUGUUAGUGCUCCAGGAAGAGAUUUAAAGUCUGUGGCUAUCCCAGCAGUGAGUUCAGGUAUCUAUGCCUUCCCAAUUGAUUUGUGUUCUAAAGUGAUUGUAAUGGCUGUAAAGGAAUUUGUGGAGACAAAUCCACCAGGCUGUCUCAGGGAAAUCCGCCUGGUGAACAUCGAGGAGUCUACAGUGGCAGCAAUAAAGAAGGCCUGUGGAGAGUUUCUGGGUGAUACCAGUUCACUUGAGGACACUGUGCCAGCUGCACUAAGCUCACCUCACCUCGUGCAUCGAAACAUUCGCAUGCGCGUCAUAGAACAGAACCUCGAAGAUCUGAAGAAUACAGCUAUUAUUAACCUCAUGAAUGCCAGGAAUGGGCUUUCCUCUCAAUCUUCAAGACUGCUGGAAAAAGAGGAUCCAGCUUUUGUGAAGGAAGUUGAUCAUCAUCUUCGAAAUCUGACAGGUUUUAAGGAGCCCCUGAUAAUGGGAAGCCAUCAGAUGCUCUCUACCUUUGUCCUGCAUGUGCUAUUGCAGUACCAGCACCCGGUGCUACAGCUUGAGGAAUUGAAGGAUGCAGUGAAAAGAUGCCUGGGUCACUUUCAGGAAUACUCAUAUCCCUCAGUGUCUUUUCCAAUAAAUUGGUCACCAAAGCUGCCUAUUGACACAGUGGCAGACACCAUGAUUGGAGCAGUUUUAAAUUUUGCCAGGGUAUAUCCUCAGAAGAAGAGAGAAGUGCAGUUUGUCAUUUGCCCAGGUGACCAUGCUGCCUAUGAGGUUGUCCUGAGAAAAUUUUAUUCAGCAAAAUGCAAACUGGAAAACAGCAGUGAUCCUUUGGGGACAGAGUCAGGCAGUCAGACUGCAAAAGAGCCUGCAAUCAGUGAACCUGUGAUUGAACUUAGAGGGUGCACACCCACAGCACUGGGAGCAGCAGAAUCGUGGCUCCAAGAAAUAAUGAAAAUUCAGGAGGGUUCCCAUGCUGUUAUUAAAAACAACUACAUUUUUUGCUUUGGAAAAGAGGAGUUUGCAGAACUCUCUCGACACCAGCCUUCCAGUGUAUGUGUGUCAGAAGAAGUGAGAGAUGGACAAGCAAAACUGGAAUUUCAGGGCCCUCCUGAUGUUUUGAUUGAUACAGUGCUCACAGCUGAAGAAUUACUGCUUCGUGUGCAAGAGAAGGCUAUGGCUGAACAAGAGAAACUGCUCUACUCAAUGUGCCAAGCAGAAGCAGGGCAGCUUUCAGGAGACUUUCACAUGACAAGUACCACUGAAUACAUCCCGAUUUCACCAGUUUCCUGCCACCUCCAGGAGUUUAAAGACAGACAGAAAGAGUUUGAAAAAGCUGGACUUCAUGUUCUCAGGAUUGAAAAGAUACAUAAUCCACUCCUAUCUGCUGCAUUCCAACAAAUGAAAAAAAAAGUAGAUGGCAGCUCCAAAGCAACUCAAAAGUUGUACCAGAGUGUUCCUCCUGAGUUCUGUGGCUCAGUUUGCCAAACUGGAUUUCACAGGAUGUAUUCUCCACCAAAAGAACAAAAAUAUGGAGCUGGCAUCUACUUUACAAAGAACCUGAGGCACCUGACCAAGGAUAAAGCUACAUGGGAAAUGGAUUCUAAAAUGUAUGUGUUUGAGGCUGAUGUAGUAACUGGCAAGUACACUACAGGCCAGCCAUCUUGUAUUGUGCCACCAGCCCUGAGUGGGAAUGCCUUUCCAUUAUAUGACAGUUUAGUAGAUAAUUUGCACUAUCCUGAGACCUUUGUCAUUUUCAAUGGUUUUGCAGCCCUUCCACAGUAUUUGCUGACUUGUUCCCCACUGUAGCUCCUGGAGGAAACAAGCAGGAUCCUCAGUGGGAACAGAGCAGAACUGUAGCUGUGCUGAAGACCCUCUGAGAACAAAGUCUAGCACUUACAAUUAAGAGGAUGCUCUGCUUAGUAGUGUGCUAUGAUCAGAGUGCUUCCUGAAAAGCUCUCUGAAAUAUUUGUUACAAAAGAGUAAGUUAACAUCUUAAAGAGAUUAGGACAAAAUUACCUGUGAAUGGAAGCAGAAGGGAAAGCAUUCCAAAGUCCAGUGUAACAUUUAACAUUAGCAUUUAACAUACCUGAUCAUUUACUUUAUUCCUUAACAGCUCUCAGCUUGUGACUGAUAUUUGUGUAGGCUCUCAUU